AUUCCAAAACGAAACUCUGAAAUACAAAUACUCGUUCCCUCUGCGACCGCAAUGAUAGACUAUACUUCUCACUAAGACCCCACCCCUAUUCAAUUGGAAACAAACGUUACUGGUCCUUUCGUUCUCAUAAAUAAAUAAGCACGACUCAGAGAGAGAGAGAGCUCAGAUCUCAUCCUCACACAAAAAUGGCGAUGUUGUGGAAGCACGUGAGGGGGUCGUCGUCGACGCUGAAGCGGCACGUGAUUUGCACGCACUUGCUUUCAAGAUCUUUCACCACAACGGAAGGUCAUGGCCCCACCAUCAUCCACAAACGCAGCCUCGACAUUCUCCAUGAUCCUUGGUUCAAUAAAGGAACAGCUUUUUCCAUGACAGAACGAGAUCGUCUUGAUCUUCGAGGUCUGCUUCCACCAAAUGUUAUGUCUCCUGACCUACAGAUUGAACGCUUCAUGGUUGAUCUUAAGAGACUUGAAGUUCAAGCAAGAGAUGGACCUUCUGAUCCUAAUGCAUUGGCCAAGUGGCGGAUACUUAAUCGCUUGCAUGACAGAAAUGAGACAAUGUACUAUAAGGUUUUGAUUGCCAAAAUUGAGGAAUAUGCGCCAAUAGUGUACACACCAACAGUUGGUCUUGUGUGUCAAAACUUUAGUGGACUGUUUAGAAGGCCAAGAGGAAUGUAUUUCAGUGCUGAGGAUCGUGGAGAAAUGAUGUCCAUGGUCUAUAACUGGCCAGCUGAGCAGGUUGAUAUGAUUGUAGUUACUGAUGGGAGCAGAAUUCUGGGACUUGGAGAUCUUGGAGUUCAUGGAAUUGGCAUUGCUGUUGGAAAGCUUGAUCUAUAUGUUGCUGCUGCUGGGAUAAAUCCACAAAGGGUACUUCCUGUGAUGAUUGAUGUUGGUACUAACAAUGAGAAGUUACUCAAAGACCCCUUAUAUUUGGGAUUGCAGCAGCAUCGUCUUGAUGGGGAUGACUAUCUUGCUGUCGUUGAUGAAUUUAUGGAGGCUGUCUUUACUCGCUGGCCAAACGUGAUUGUUCAGUUUGAAGAUUUCCAAAGCAAAUGGGCAUUUAAGUUAUUACAGCGGUAUAGAAAUACCUACAGAAUGUUCAAUGAUGAUGUGCAGGGAACAGCUGGUGUUGCAAUUGCAGGACUUCUAGGUGCUGUAAGGGCACAAGGAAGGCCAAUGAUUGACUUCCCAAAGCAGAAGAUUGUUGUUGCUGGUGCUGGAAGUGCUGGAAUUGGGGUUCUUAACGCAGCGAGAAAAACAAUGGCAAGGAUGUUGGGUAAUAACAAAGUGGCUUUUGAGAGUGCAAAGAGUCAAUUUUGGGUUGUUGAUGCAAAGGGAUUAAUCACAGAAGGACGUGAAAAUAUUGAUCCAGACGCCCUUCCUUUUGCAAGAAAUUUGAAAGAAAUGGGUCGCCAAGGACUGAGGGAAGGAGCAAGCCUUGUGGAAGUGGUCAAGCAAGUGAAGCCUGAUGUCCUCCUAGGAUUAUCUGCUGUUGGAGGAUUGUUCUCAAAAGAGGUUUUAGAGGCCUUGAAGGGUUCAACAUCAACAAGACCAGCCAUAUUUGCCAUGUCAAAUCCAACAAAGAAUGCUGAGUGCACCCCUGAAGAAGCAUUCUCCAUUUUGGGUGACAACAUUAUUUUUGCAAGCGGAAGUCCAUUCAGUGAUGUGGAUCUUGGAAAUGGUCAUAUUGGUCACUGCAACCAGGGAAAUAACAUGUACCUCUUUCCAGGCAUUGGCCUUGGAACUCUCUUGUCUGGCUCUAGGAUCAUCUCUGAUGGCAUGCUACAGGCUGCUGCUGAGCGGCUUGCUGCAUAUAUGAGUGAAGAAGAGGUUCUCAAAGGGAUAAUUUUCCCUUCAAUAUCCAGAAUUCGAGAUAUUACCAAGGAGGUAGCUGCAGCUGUUAUAAAAGAAGCUGUGGAAGAGAACCUAGCUGAAGGAUAUCAUGGAAUGGAUGCUCGGGAGCUGCGCAAACUUAGUCAGGAUGAGAUAGUGAAAUAUGUGCAGAGUAACAUGUGGAGUCCUGAGUACCCUACACUAGUUUACAAGAAAGAUUGAGUAACCUGUGGGUCGAUAACUACAGUUUCCCCCACGAUGCAUGUGUGCUUCAACCAGUUCACGAAAUACUGCUUAGGGUGGAAUCAACCAUGCAGAGUUGAUCAAUUAUCUUGUUCCUAAAAGUGUAAGAUUUAUAUUUUUUAUGUAUAUGUUCUGCUUUUUUU